AGUACCCUAUAGGCAGUGCAGGUCAUUCUCAGUAUUGGAAGACGUUCCCCAUUACUUUUCAGCUGACAAAGGAAUGAAUGCUGAUACUUGUGUUUCUUAUUGUGAUCCGGCUGCCAUGGAUUCCUACUACAACGCAGCCUCCCAGGACACAGAAGGCUCCUCGCCUUUUAGGGCAUUUCAAGCAAGUGACAAGUUCAGCCCUACUUUCCUGGCCAGCAAAGGACAAGGCUUUGGUGACAGCAGCUCUAAGUGCCGGAGCCGCUACAGCCAGCAGGAAUGUCAGUCCCUGGAUGGCAGCGUGCAGGCUCCCGGCUCUGCCGGCUCUCCGGCCUCCUUUAACAAAUACCCGCCGCAGCAGCAGCCGCCGCACCUCUACAUGCAGCGAGGCCCCUGCAAAACCCCCCCGGACAGCAACAUCAAGCUGCAAGAGAGCAGCGGCCACAACGGAGCCCUGCAGGUCUCCUGUUACGGUAAGGAAAGCGGUUUGGGAGAGCCUGACCUGCAGCCAAGCUCCGACCCUUCAGCAAUGGACAGCAGCUACCUCAGCGUGAAGGAGGCCGGGGUGAAAGUGCCCCAGGACAGGGCCAGCACGGAGCUGCCCAGCCCCAUGGACAAGGCUGACUCGGAGAGCAACAAGGGCAAAAAGCGGAGGAACCGCACCACCUUCACGAGCUACCAGCUGGAGGAGCUGGAGAAGGUCUUCCAGAAGACCCACUAUCCCGAUGUCUAUGCCAGGGAGCAGCUAGCCAUGAGGACAGACCUCACCGAGGCUCGUGUACAGGUGUGGUUUCAGAACCGGCGAGCCAAGUGGCGCAAGCGGGAGCGGUUCGGUCAGAUGCAGCAGGUCCGGACCCACUUCUCCACCGCCUACGAGCUGCCCCUGCUCACCCGUGCUGAGAACUACGCCCAGAUCCAGAACCCCUCCUGGAUUGGCAACAACGGAGCGGCCUCCCCGGUGCCAGCCUGCGUGGUGCCCUGCGAGUCGGUGCCCUCGUGCAUGUCCCCCCAUGCCCACCCGCACGCGGCCGGCGCCGUCUCCGACUUCCUCGGGGUCUCGGGGCCCGGCGGCCACGUGGCACAGACUCACAUGGGCGGCCUCUUCGGCACGGCCGGCAUGAGCCCCAGCCUCAACGGCUACGAGCUGAACGGCGAGCCCGACCGCAAGAGCUCCAGCAUCGCCGCCCUGAGGAUGAAGGCCAAGGAGCACAGCGCCGCCAUCUCCUGGGCCACAUGACAGGGCUGCGGCCCGGCGCCCGCCAGGCGCGGAGAGAGCGCGGGGGACAGCCCGGCGCAUCCAUCCGCUCGGACUCCAGACAGCAGUGGCCUCCUCGGGGAUUGAAUGCAGCACUUUUAGCUACCCUAGGCAUAUAAAGUACAUAUGGUAAUGUAAGUGGAGUGUUUCCAGCAUGAGCGUGGCGGCUCCCGGCUUCCUGGGAUCAGGCAGGGAGAGGGAGGCUGCGGAGCGGCGCCUCUUCCAUCAAGAUCUGGGAUGGGAUGCAUCCCCUCUCACGGCCACCUCCCCAAUAACCUGGGCAUUUUUUCUUCCCGCUAUUUUUUCUGACACCA